UGCCGCUCUGCGCUGUACGGACAGUUGGCUUGGAUUGGUUCCGAUUCCGUUUCAGAGGCAGACUCGCUAACCUGGAUCCGAACUCAUAGAACCCUGACAACAUUUGUUUCCCUUUUUACUGCUGGAUAUUUAAAUGUGUUUGUUUAUUUAGGGAGCCGCUUUUAGUGACUGCUUCUCCCUCCGCUGCACCAAUCCGGUUAAAUUUAGUUUACUCAGGAAAAUGAUGCGGAUGCCCAGAGGCGUCUCUCCCGCACCGGCCCGGCCGUCCGCGGGGCUCCCCUGCGCCCAGCAGAAGAUGAAGGUUUUGUCCGGCGGCGGAGGGAAGACCGAGCUGUUCUGCAGCGGACUGUCCAGCCCGCCGAUGAGCUCGGUACCGGUCGGAUACUUCACCCAGAUCGGCAACACGACAGCGGCCGAACAAAGAGCCAACAGUCUGUACUCGACCCCCCACGGACCGGACGCGAAGCCCAUCAGAUCAUCCUCCGGGCGCCUGCCGGCGAAAAGGAAGCUGGACCUGGAGGACCCUCUUUACCUGCCAGAGUUUCGCACACCUAAAAGGAAAUGCAGCGUCGCAGCUGGACUAUCAAGCCCACGAAGUGAGUCAGCCUCAUGGAGCAAAUCAGGACAGAGUGCUGCUCAUAUCAGCACGCCAAAGUCUCCAGGCGAGCGGACGCGGUACGACACUUCGUUGGGCCUGCUGACAAAGAAGUUUGUGGGACUGAUCGCAGAAUCUGCUGAUGGAGUUCUGGACCUUAACUGGGCCACUGAAGUUCUGGAGGUCCAGAAGAGGCGGAUUUAUGACAUCACCAACGUCCUGGAAGGUGUGCAGCUCAUCCGAAAGAAGUCCAAAAACAACAUCCAGUGGCUGAUGGGAAAUGUUUUUGAAGGCGGCGUUGCUGGAGGAGAAAAGGCCUUUGCUCUGAGGAGAGAGCUGGGGGACCUGGAGAGAGCGGAGCGGUCUCUGGAUGACCUGAUUCAGUCCAGCACCACUCAGCUCAAACAGGUCACAGAGUUCAAAGACAGCCAAAGUCUGGGAUACGUGACGUACCAGGACAUCCGCUCCAUCGGCAGCCUCCGAGAUCAGACGGUGAUCGCAGUCAAAGCUCCGGCUGAGACCAAGUUGGAGGUGCCAGACACUGCAGGGCAGGGCUCAUUACAGAUCUAUUUAAAGAGUAGGAAUGGGCCUAUAGAGGUGUACCUGUGUCCUGAGGAAGGGCUUGAAGAUGCCAGCCCUGUUAAGAGCACAGUCACCCCUAAAAAGGAAGACCUGAAGAAACCGGUGACGACCACCGGAGCGCCACAGACCCAGGCUGUCAAAGACGAGCCUGUUGAAGUGAGCGUAUCCACUUCAUCUCCAGCUUCAGUUUCAGCCCCCUCCUCAGCCCCUACCUCUUCUCCCUCUCUUCUCGACGUGGAGGGGCUGCUGGGUUUGCCUCCCAGUCUGCUCCAGAUCACAGAGGACCAGCUGCCCGGCGCCUCCUUCACUACAGAUCCCAGCACUCCCUUCGUCAGCUUCUCUCCACCUUUAGACCACAGCGACUACCUCUGGAGCCUGGAGGAUAGUGAAGGGGUGUCGGAUUUCUUUGACACCUAUGAUCUUGGAGAUUUUUCUGAAGAGCUGAGGGAGAUGGGGCAAUGAUUUAAGAAAAAAAAAAUGUGUGAAAUAUUUAAAGGAAUGCUUGAUUGGGGCAAAUGAAAUUACACUAUGAAGCCAUUGCUUGUUUUUAUUUGUUUAGAGCCAUUGUUGGUUUUACAGUCAAAACCAUUUGGACUUAUUGUGGCGUGACUGAGCGGGCAUGAAGUCAGAGUUGUAAAAUGCAGGGAUUUUUGUGGGUUUGUAGGAACAUUUACAGAUUGUGCUGAGGAGAUUAGAAACUAUCAGCUCAAAAGAGGAGCAGCUUUUGGUGCAUAACAUUUCAUGUGGAGAAAAUGUGAUGCAUGUUCGUUGUGACCAACUCAGGGUUUUUUUCUCCAAAGCCUACAAGGAUUUGACCUGUAGGGGGCAGCCUUGCAUUAUGUCAGCUUUAAAUCUAGUUGAGCUUUACAGGAUUUAAUCACUGGAUAAAAGUAAGCUGUAGCUGCACGGAGUUCUGAUUCAGGUUUUUAAAAAAUAUCUUUUCACCUGUAUCACAAAAAGCUGUGAUUAAGUCCAGCCUCUGUUUCAGUUCUUAUAAAGAUGUCUGUGAAAUCUGUGCAGAGAUAUUGGACGCACUGCAUCUGAUUUUAAAGGUGCUCAUGUUGUUUCUGUCCCAUCAGGUUCACUUUUCCCUGUUUGACAUUUAGUAUCAGGUUCUGUAUGUGUCCGGUACCAAACGGUGCCAACAGAGACCCAAAGCACUGUUUGAUGAUGGGAAUGAUGGCCCAUGCUGAGAAGCAAUCACUGACUCUCUGGUUUGGUAGCUUUGAUUCUAAUCUGGUACCUCCCCUGCUAAUCUGACUCUGACUGCAGAUGUAAUAUAAUAUUUCUGUAUUUAGUAGUUCGAGACCAUUAUUGUAUUUCCAAGGAAAUAAUCUGAAAUCCAUUAAAAAUAGCACCUGUGUUACAGGUGAGGUGGGAUUGGGGGUUUAUUAUUAUUAUUUUUGUUUUUUUAAGUUUUCUAGAGAUUUGAAUAUUUGAAUUUUUUGCUGAAGUUUAUUAUUUUUUUGGCUUUCCCUCUACAUUGCAGAGAUAAGCUACCUGUCCUGUCCUAACAAAACUUGAAAAUUGUGUUUGUGUGUUUGGCAGAUUGGUAAAUGGGUGUCCUGGUGUGUUUGCGUGCGAGGUUUUAUUAAAUAGAAUAGAGGAUAUAAUUUGAAGAUUUGUAGAAUUAUUUUUUUUUCCAAUGAGCAUUAUUGUUUUGGUAUUUGUACAUAAAUCUCACUUGUAUUUAUACCAUGUGUUCAGGAUUUUUUUGACUGUUUUAUAAGACAUGCAGCACUUACUAUUUUUUUAAUAUUGUGUGUACU